AUGGGCAGCAUCCAGCCUGACUACUUUCCACCACCGCAUGACUUCGACCCACCGUCUAACUUACGCCCGAGCCUUUACGGUUGGAAAAACACUUCGGAAACUGGAUACCAGAUCGACGAAACCCCUUCAGGAGUCAAGAAGCCUCUGCGGGUGAUUGUAGCCGGCGCCGGAGCUUCAGGCAUUAGUUUCGCCAAGUUCGCACAAGAUCAGCUUGAGAACCUCGAUGUUACUAUAUAUGACAAGAACCAUGACGUUGGGGGCACUUGGAUCGAAAAUGUGUACCCUGGUGUCGCUUGUGACAUCCCUAGUGUGACGUAUCAAUUCGGGUGGGAGCCUAAGGCAUGGACGAAAUAUUACUCCGAGGGCCCGGAGAUCCUACAGUAUAUGACCGAUGUCACCCACAAAUACGGCCUAAGGAAAUACUUUAAAGUUCGACACAGUAUAGACAAGGCUGAGUGGGAUGACGGAAUAAGUAAGUGGAAGGUAGACGUUACCGACCUCGAAACAGACAGAUCGUUCCAAGACGAAUGUGAUGUCUUUAUCAACGCUACUGGUCUCUUGAACAACUGGAAGUUGCCCGACGUUAAAGGUAUCAAUCAAUUUAAGGGAGUUGUAGCCCACACAGCGGCCUACCCUGCUAGUCUCGACUUACAUGAUAAACGUGUUGCCGUCGUGGGCACCGGUUCCAGCGGCAUUCAGGUGAUCACGAAGAUACAACCUCAAGUCGAGAAAUUAUACACUUGGAUUCGGAGCCCUACGUGGAUGACCGUUGGCUUUGCUCAAAAGUACGCCGGCCCCGAUGGCGGAAAUUUCGAAUAUUCAGAGGAAACGAAAAAGAAAUUCGCCGAGGAUCCAGAUUGGUACUUGAAGUAUCGCAAAACUAUCGAAACUGAGUUGAGCGACUUUAUGUUCGUGCAUAAGAAUACGCCGACUAAUCUUGAGGCACAUAAGUUUGCAGUCGAGGAUAUGAAGCAAAGGCUAGCAUCCCGGCCAGAUUUAAUUGAUACCUUGAUCCCAAAGACCUUUUCAAUUGGAUGCCGAAGACCUACGCCUGGUAACGGCUUCCUCGAAGCCAUCAUCUCCCCUAAUGUUAGCACUUAUCUAAAUAAAGGUCUUAUGGAGCUCACUGAAAACGGUUUCAAAGAUCCUGAUGGGCACGAGCAACAAGUCGAUGUAGUUAUCUUUGCGACAGGAUUUGACACUACAUGGGUUUCCCGAUUCCCUAUUAUCGCGAACGGAAAAAAUCUGCAAGAAAUCAAUACCGAGAAGCCAUUAAGCUAUAUCGGAGUCGCAGCACCAGAGAUGCCAAACUAUCUCACAUACUAUGGUCCUUACGGACCAACAGGCGUCGGUAGUGUCCUCCCUAUGAUCGAGCGCAUGACACGGUAUCAUCUUUUAUGGAUCGAGAAGAUGCAGGUUGAGCGGAUCAGGAGUUUCACGCCCAAGAGGCAAGCCGUGGACGAAUAUAGUGAGCACGCAGACCUAUGGCAUCAACGCACGGUCUGGAGCGAGCGUUGUCGAAGCUGGAUGAAAGGUGGGAAACUUGAGGGCAAUGUUCUACUCUAUCCUGGGACAAGGACACAACAAAUGGAGCUCCUCUCGUCUCUUCGGCCAGAAGACUUCGACAUCACCUAUCGCAGUACGAAUCGCUGGAAUUUCCUCGGCAACGGAUAUUGUAUGAGGGACCUUAACGGUAAGGACCUUACCUGGUACUUGGGUCUGGUUGACGGAAUCGAUAAGCAAAGGGAUUACGCCUUGUAA